CAAAACAUGUUUACAACAUCUCAAUCACAAACAAAUCCCAAUUUCAUACAAAUAUAGUAAUAUACAAUGCAAAUAUACAAUACAAUUAAUUAAUUCAAUAAACCGGUCUCCCUCCCUUUGAAACAUAAUCCAUCCUUUCCUUUCUCUCUACUCUUUUAAUCUCCCCAUACCUCUUUCUCAAUUUAAUUCAAUUCAAUUCCCCCCUCCUCUCUCUCUCCAUCUUAACACAAUAAUGGCGGUUGAUUUUCAAAAAUCAGUAGAACUUGGAUUAAAGUUAUCCAAGCGAAUCUACUAUGGCAAAGAUCCGUCCAUGAAACCACCGCAACCUCCGCCGUCAAUGACCAAGUCAUCAUCGUUAGAUGAAAAGGUUUCUUUUCUUCCGACUUCUCCUAUGGUUUAUGCGGUUAUUUCUGACCCCUUGAUUGUAGAUAAUCCUGAUGUUCGAAGCUAUCAACCUUAUGUUCAUGGCCGGUGUAAUCCGCCGGUGUUGAUUCCGCUUCAUUUGUAUGGAAUUGAAGUCGAAGUUGAUGUUUGUUUGGAUAUGGCGUUUUUUAAUUUGACUGCUACUUGGAGAUUGCAUUGUGUUGAUGCUAGUAAAACGUCUGAUUGUAUUCUUGCUAUUCCUAUAUCCGACGAGCAGGGUUCAGUUCUAGGUUUUGAAGUUGAGACUAGUGGAGGGUUCUAUCAUUCGCAAUUAGUCAAGGUAGAAGAUGUCACAGAUCUGAAUGGAUUAGAUAAAGCUGAAUAUGGAGGCUUUCUGAAGCACAAUAUUUUCACGCUGAAGAUCCCCAAGGUGGAUGGAGGAUCUAAGCUAUUGGUGAAAGCGAGAUGGUCUCAGAGGCUAUCAUAUGAGAGUGGUUGGUUCUUGCUGAGUGUUCCAUUUAGCUUUCCGGUCUAUGUCACUCCUGGUGGAAAUUUUUCGAAGAAGGAAAAGAUACUAUUGAAUAUCAAUUUUAGUACCAAUGCAGAAAUUCAAUGCAAAAGUGCCACUCACCCAUUGAAGGAAACAAGACGUCAGGUUGGAAAAUUGGGUUUCUUGUAUGAAGAAGAAGUUUAUACCUGGUCGCAGACUGACUUUGAAUUUUCCUACUCUGUCUCUUCCAAUGACAUACAUGGUGGAUUUCUUGUGCGUUCUCCUAUUCCUAAUGAUUUUGAUCAAAGAGAAAUGUUUGCCUUAUAUUUGUUCCCUCCUGAAGCCCAGAAUAGAAUGGUUUUCAGAAAGAGAGUAAUAUUCCUUGCUGAUAUUAGUGGUAGCAUGAAGGGAGCUCCUAUUGAAAAUGUAAAAAAGGCUGUCUUGGCCUUUUUGUCCACAUUAAGUCAAUAUGAUUACUUCAACAUCAUAGCAUUUAACACGAAUAGUCACUCUUUUUCGUCGUCAAUGGAACUGGCAACAAAUGAAGCACUACAACUAGCCAGUGAAUGGAUCAACGAGAAGUUAGUUCCUGAAGGAGACACUAACAUUUUGCUCCCUGUGAAACAGGCUUUAGAGAUGGUGUCUCAUGAAAGCAACUCAAUGACUCAUAUUUUUCUCAUUACUGACGGUGCCGUUGAAAAUGAAAGAGACAUUUGCAAUGUUGUACAAGAGGCUUGUACAGCAGAAGCAAGUUCACCAUAUCUUCGCAUUUCCACCCUUGGCAUAGGUUUAUAUUGUAACCACUACUUUCUACAAACGUUGGCACAAAUAGCUAAAGGACAUUAUGAUGCUGCUUAUGAUGCUGAUUAUAUUGCUUCUCGACUGCAGAAGCUUUGUACAAUGUCCUCACAAGUAAUUCUUGCAAAUAUUGAAGUUGAGGGCUUGAGCAAUGUUCAAUCACUCACGAUGUAUCCCUCUAUCAUCCAAGAUCUUUCAAGUGAAUGCCCAGUGAUCAUAUCAGGAAGAUACAAAGGCAAGUUAUCGGAGUCUCUUAAGGUAUAUGGUAAAUUGGCAGAUAUGAGUAACUUUGUGGCUGACCUAAAGAUGUGGAAGGCAGAAGAUAUACUUGUAGACAAGGUGUUUGCAAAAAGACAGAUUGACACACUCACUGCAAAUGCUUGGUUUACGGGAAGCAAGGAAGCUGAGAAACAGGCUGCAGAGAUUAGUAUGCAAACUGGAGUUCCUUCAGAAUACACUCGUAUCAUUCUUUUCCAGACAGAUGCUUGGAACCAAAUACCAGGUGCUAUCACAGUGCAAGGGAAAGAGGUUUACGACAAAAAUAAUCUGCAGAAUAUGGUCCGAAAUCACAUAAUAUUUCUGCUGCAGAGUGUGAGUGUUGGCUUUGGAGAUUUGAAAAAGACGGCUGAAAAUUUGCCUCCAGGAAUAGUAGUGAAAGCACCAGAGACGACAGACUUGAUAGUUAAAGCCGCUAGUGGGUGUUGCGGUGAACUGCUUGAUCGUUUCUGUUGCAUGUGUUUCAUACAAGGAUUAUCCAAGUUAAGUGAUCGAUGUGUUGUUACACUAUCCCAGAUAUGUAUUGCUCUCUCGUGUUGUCAAUGCAUCGAAUGUUGCUAUGAUCUGUGCGACAGUUGUGGCUAGCUCUACACCUAAACCAAAUUGUACAUGUAAUGUAAGAAAUGUGUAUUUUUAUGUACUACUAUUUGUAAAUGUUACCUUCGUUUCAAGUGGUGAACCCAAGGCUCCCGGGGCCGGGAUUACUACUUGCUCCACAUGAAGAAUAUGAGAACUAGCUUUUUUCAAA